UUACCUUUUAAAUUAAGCUACGAAAAGAUGGCGAUAACAACGUUUCCGAUGGUAGAAAAAUGUACAUCGAUCGAUCGAGAGAAUGACACAGUUGUAACGGACUUGGAUGGAACAUUACUACGUGCUAGAAACUCUUUUGCUUAUUUCGCGUUGCUAGCUUUCGAUGUUGGUGGGGUCUUAAGGUUACUAUUUCUUCUCUUAGCUUCACCCAUCACGUGGAUUCUUUAUUAUUUCAUCUCGGAGUUUGCUGGAAUUCAAGUUAUUGUCUUUGCUACUUUUGUAUGGAUGAAGGUUUCCGAUGUAGAAUCAGCAGCACGACACGUGCUGCCAAAAUUCUAUUUAGAAGACCUUCAUCCCGAGUCUUGGAGAGUGUUCUCAUCGUGUGGGAAACGUUGUGUUUUGACUGCCACUCCUAGGAUAAUGGUGGAACCAUUUUUGAAGGACUACUUAGGGACCGAUAUUGUUUUAGGGACUGAGAUUCAAACAUAUAAAGGUAGAGCAACUGGCUUUGUUAAAUCACCCGGAGUUCUUGUUGGGAAGAACAAAGCUGAUACUCUUUCAAGCACUUUUGGAGAUACUCAACCUGAGAUUGGCUUGGGUGAUCGCGAUACUGACAUUCCUUUUAUGACAUUGUGUAACGAAGGAUACUUUGUACCAUCAAACCUAAAAGUAAAGGCGGUAAGUACAAAAAAACUUCCCAAGCCUAUUAUAUUCCAUGAUGGUCGUUUUAUCAAAAAGCUAACACCACUUACAUCUCUUUUCAUCAUCAUAUGGAUCCCCUUCGGGUUCCUCCUUGCUUGCUUGCGAAUCAGUAUAGGAAUACUCCUCCCUAUACCUCUUCAAUACUAUGCGUUUUGGGCCACUGGCAUUCGUCUCAUCAUUAAUGGAAUCCCACCAUUACAUAUCAAGAAAUCCAAAGAUCAAUCAGGCGUACUCUUUGUUUGUUGUCACAAGACGAUACUUGACAACAUUUUUCUCUCUGCUGCAUUGGAUCGUCCUAUUCCAGUCAUUACAUACUCUACUUCACAAUUUUUUAACAUUUUUUCGCGCAUUAAAACUAUAACACUCACUGGAGAUCGAACAUCUGAUGCUUCCAUGAUCAAACAUUUGUUAAAACAACGCGAUCUCACAAUUUUCCCUGAGGGGACUACGAAUCGUGGACAAUUUCUUCUUAGGUUUUCUUCAUUAUUUGCUGAAUUUACCGAUGAGAUCAUGCCUGUGGCAAUAGAGAAUAAGAUGAGCAUGUUUCAUGGCACAACAACGCGAGGAUGGAAAUGGAUGGAUCCAUUUUUCUUUAUGAUGAAUCCACGUCCGACUUAUGAAAUUACAUUCUUGAAUAAGUUGUCGUAUGAGUUCACUUGCAAGUCUGGGAAAUCAAGCCAUGAAGUUGCUACUUAUGUACAAAAGGUUAUUGGUGAAACUCUUUCUUAUGAGUGUACUACUUUUACCAGGAAGGAUAAGUAUAUGGCUCUUGACACAAUUGUGAAGAAUCCUUGA